CCUCAUAAUUGCCGUACCAACGUCACACCCUGGAUAUGACUCCGCCCACACCAGGACGCGGUUUACUUUAAAACAUCAUGGCGUCUAGGAGAACAACAACAAACAGCAUUUUAAAAAGUACAACCACUGAAGCGAAGAGCUCGAAAAGUGGCAGCAAUGCUAAUAAAGCAAAUAAUAGUGGAAAUGGAAAGAAACUUGUCAAACCUAGUGGAACUGUGGUGAAAUCUCGCUACAUGCAGUCUGCAGAAAAGACAUUGCUGUCAAAGAGUAACUCGCUGACCAAUGAGUCUUUUGCUGCACCUCAACGGCCUUCCUCGCCAAAGCCCAGUGGAGUUAGACCAAAAGUGGGUACACCACCAAGACGCUCAAUGGCUCCACAGGUCCUCGCAACAUCUAUGGCAUCACGUGAAACAGACACAUUACUGCUGGGUAAAAGUGUUCUUCAGUCGACCUUCUCUGAUGGGCACUGCUUUCGACCAGAUUUUGACAUUUCAGUCAUUAAAGAGAAGACAGCUGUAGAAAAAACACCAGAACCUGAGAGAAAUCCUGAGGAGGAGAAAAAAAACAUUGAGAUGCAGACCUUCUUACUGGCCUACCUUACAGCCAAGAUGGAACAUAAUACAGCCAAGCUCAAGGCUGAAGCGGAGGCAAAGCUCUUGCAGAUGAUGGAGGAAGAGGAAGCAUUAAGAAAAGAGGUCCAAGUAAAGAAACGCCAGUGUUUACUCGCAGAAAAGAGUAGCCUGGUGAAUGAGCUGUUGGAUUUACAGAUUGCUGCACUGACUCCUGUGGCAGAAGCUGCCAAGCAAUUUACGAAGGAUUAUAAAUCCUUUGCGACUGCUGUAGACACAACCCGCCAUCAGCUUCCUGUUAAAAAUUUCUACAUUGAAGAAAACAGAAGGGAGUUUCUAGAUAAAGCUGAAGCUUGUCUGAAGGAGAGUGAGAAGUUGUUGUUGGAGUGCACCGAGGGAGAUCAUGAGGACAACAGCAUCUCUCUGGAGUGCCUAAAGAACUUGAAAAAGGCAUCGAAUGACAUCAGUCACCAGGUGUCAGGAACAUUUUCAGAUCUGCUGGAUCUGUCAUCCCUGUCUUUCCGCCAUACAACCCAUGUCCAGCAGACUCUGGAGGAAGAGCAGCUGGGGACAGAGAGGACCCUGGAGCUCUAUAUUCCCAAAGAGUGAAGGAAACCACGCAGGAAACAAAUGAAAUGCACUUUGAUAACUUCUAUAUAAUGUCUGAACAUAUUUUUACCACUUUUUAUGAACUUGUUUUAAGCUGUGUUAAGUGUUGAUUAAUAAACUGUUUAAUUCAUUGAAAAACUGUAUCAAUACAAUUACUGACAUAUGGAAGAGUUACUUCAUUCCAAAAUCAAGUACUGUACUUUAGUUCUGUAACCAUCUCUGUAGUAGUGAAGAAACAUACAUGAUGAGACACAGCUGAGCGACUGAUGGAGCUCUGAUGUAUUUUACUAUAGCACCAAAUGUAAUUCAUCAAAUCCUUUGAUACAUUUACUAUUCCACCUUCAUUGUAUCUCUGCAAGUAUCAUACCAUUAACCACUCCAUUAUAGGGUUGCAUAUAGAGACAAACCACCAUUUUCACCUAAACCUAAAUAAAAUUAAUUUUUACACAGCAGCGUUUGC